CUUUGUAAACAGUGUGUGCGCAUGCGCAGUCGUGUCGCACUCUAAUGGAGGACAUGUCUGAUCGGUAAUCGUCUUUUUCUGCGCUGUUUUUCUGAGUUGCGCCCUCAACACCCCUCAGCUGAGCCCGCGACACCCUCAAAGUGGCAGAAUGGCUUCGGACUCAGUCUCUCAAAGCUCCCAGAGUCCUGUCACCAGGAUCAUGACCUUUCACCCCACAAAAGAGGAGUUCAAAGACUUCAACAGAUACAUUGCAUAUAUGGAGUCGCAGGGGGCUCACAGAGCCGGCAUGGCUAAGGUGGUGCCACCAAAGGACUGGAAGCCCCGGCGCACGUACGAUGACAUUGAUGAUCUGGUGAUUCCCGCACCGAUUCAACAGGUGGUCACUGGCCAAUCAGGUCUCUUCACGCAGUACAACAUCCAGAAGAAGCCGAUGACCGUCCGCGAGUUUCGCAAAACUGCCAACACAGACAAGUUCUGUAAUCCCAGAUAUGCUGAUUUUGAUGAACUAGAGAGGAAAUAUUGGAAGAAUUUAACAUUCAAUCCACCUCUAUAUGGGGCAGAUGUCAGUGGAACCCUCUAUGAUCCAGACGUGACGGAGUGGAAUAUUGGCCGUCUGAACACUAUUUUAGACAUGGUGGAGAGAGAGAGUGGAAUCACAAUCAAAGGAGUCAACACUCCGUAUCUUUAUUUCGGGAUGUGGAAAAGCACGUUCGCCUGGCACACAGAGGACAUGGAUCUCUACAGCAUCAACUACCUUCACUUUGGAGAGCCCAAAUCCUGGUACAUUGUGCCUCCAGAACAUGGGAAGCGAUUAGAGCGUCUUGCUAAAGGAUUUUUUCCUGGAAGUGCCCAAAGUUGUGAAGCUUUCCUGCGCCACAAAAUGACAUUAAUUUCGCCGUCAAUUCUGAGGAAGUAUGGAAUACCCUUUGAGAAGGUCACACAGGAAGCAGGCCAGUUCAUUGUGUCCUUCCCCUUUGGAUAUCACGCUGGGUUUAACCAUGGCUUCAACUGUGCAGAAUCCACCAACUUCGCCACACAGCGCUGGAUCGAUUACGGAAAGCUGGCAACAUUAUGCUCCUGCCGGAAGGACAUGGUGAAGAUAUCCAUGGAUGUGUUUGUUCGCAAGUUCCAGCCAGAACGCUAUAAACUUUGGAAAGCAGGAAAGGACAGUGCACCAAUAGACCACUCAAAGCCCACGCCAGAGGCAGCAGAGUUCCUGACAGAUGGAAAGACGGAGAAAGAGACAGGAGAGCUCGGUGAUAGCAGCAAAGCAGAAACACAGGAGAAGAGAGGAGAAGCAGAGGCUGAAGAAGAGCUGAACGCAAACACGGAUGGUGGAGAGGAGGACAAAUCUGAUAUUUUGAAAAGGGAAACCGAUGGUGCGAAGGAGAAAGCAGAAGCAGAGAAAGGAGGUCUGGAGGUAGAGGAGAAGAAGCCUGUUCGGGAUGAAGAACCGAGCGGCACUUCACAGCAGAUCAACAGUAGUAGUCCAAAGCAGAAUGUGGGGCAGAAGCGGCUCAGACCCAGUCCUGACGAUGGAGCAAAAGAAGACGACAAUCAAGUGAAGUUAGAAGAAGAGGAGGAAUUUGAGAAGAAGAAAGCCAAACUCAGCCAGACUGAGACAGACGACAAGAAUGAACAAUCCAUCUCCACUGAACCAGGUGAUGUGCAAGCUGAGCAGACGAUGGGGACAGAAAUGCCCCCACCACAACAGAAAGAGAAUCAAGCCCCUCACUGCAUGGAGGUGGAGCUCUCGCCAUCAGACCCCACCUCCAGCAGUGACAUCACAAUGCAGCAAAGAGACAUCGUCCCUCCCUCUGAACCCUGCGACGUCACCUCAUCCUCAGAAUCCACAAACAGCAUCGCUGAUGAUGAGGCUCCAAACAGUGAUGUCACCUCUCAGUCCGAGCGUGUCACUCAAAGCUGUGAUGUCCAAAGCAAGACUGUUGACAUCAAUCAAAACGGUGACCUCACUGAUGCCCAGCAGAGUGAAGUCACAUCCCAUUCGUGUUCCACUGACAUCACACCUCUCAUAUCCGUAAUCAGCAGUAUCUCCUCUCUACAUGGCAUUAAUUCCGCCCAGAUCUGUGAUGUGUCUGCAGAACCUAGCGACAGCACGAUAAAUACCAUCAUUCAUAGUCCAAGUGAGCCAGGCAGUAACUCCUCCCACACCUAUGAUGGCCAACCAGAGCCCAGCGACAUCACGUUCAGCCAUAAACACGAACCCGCCAUUAACUCCACCCACACCUGUGAUGCCCGACCAAAACUCAGCAACAUGACCCUCAGCCCUAAACACAAACCCAAUGUUAACUCCACCCACAGCUGUGAUGUCAACACAGAACCCAGUGACAUCAGGGUCAGCGCUGAUCACGAAACCAGCAUUAGCUCCACCGACAGCUUUGAUGUUCAACCUGAACCCUCUGACAUUACCGUCAUUGCUGAACACGAACCUAGCAUUAGCUCCGCCCACAGCUGUGAUGUCCAACCAGAUCCCAGCGAUGACAACAUCAGUGCUGAACACCAAACUAGCAUUAGCUCCGCCCACAGCUGUGAUGUCCAACCAGAUCCCAGCGAUGACAACAUCAGUGCUGAACACGAAACCAGCAUUAGCUCCGCCCACAGCUGUGAUGUCCAACCAGAACCCACCGACAUUACCGUCAGUGCUGAACACGAACCUAGCAUUAGCUCCACCCACAGCUGUGAUGUCCAACCAGAUGCCAGCGACGACAACAUCAGCGCUGAUCACGAACCCAGCAUUAGCUCCGCCCCCUGCUGUGAUGUCCAACCAGAACCCAGUGAUGACCAUAUCAGUGCUGAUCAUGAACCCAGCAUUAGCUCCGCCCACAGCUGUGAUGUCCAACCAGAACCCACCGACAUUACCGUCAGUGCUGACCACAAACCUAGUAUUAGCUCCGCCCACAUGCAUGAUGUCAUCACUGAACCCAGCAGCAGCACCAUCAACCUUAAUCUCGGUGAGUCGCAGUGUAGCUCUGCGUCAGUGACCGGCAGCCAGGUGUGUCCACCUGCAGUCCAGCACAUCUUCCAGAGAACACUGAGCCCCGCGGAGGUCCUGCACGUCCACAGCUACGCUAAAGGAGAUUACAGCAAUUUUGAGCCACGCAUUCAGCAUGAGAGAGACCAAGACAGCGACUCUGAUAGCGAGUCUCAAGAGGACUGCAAGAAAGAAGAUGAACACCCAGUGGAAGCUCAGCACAGACUUCCCAGACUCCCCAGGCACCAUCCUCUGAUGAAGGACAGCAUCAGUGACGAAGAGCUGCAGGAUCAGGCUGCGUCCGAGGAGGACGGGCUGGACGGUGAGGCCUGGGCACGACCUUUGGCCCAAUUGUGGCAGAAUAGACCGUAUAAUCCAGAAAGAGAGAGAGAAUACAACAGAGAGAUGGGUCUGCGGCCUCCAUACUGCGCUGUGUGUGCGCUCUUCCAGGCACAUCAGCGGUCUGAAGGGGGCGAGAGCGAGCCGACCGUGGUGCUCCCCGGCGGUCAGAUGAGGACCAAGCCUCUGAUUCCAGAGAGAUGUUUCACCACCACCACCGAGGACAGCGCAGACGUCCAGCCGUCCACACCUCACCUGGAGGAGGACGGCACCAGUCUGCUCGUCAGCUGCUCCCUGUGCAGUGUCCGUGUGCACACUAGUUGUUACGGUGUGGCUCCAGUAAGAGUCUCCAAAGACUGGAAAUGUGCUCGCUGUAAAGCCAACGCUCUCGCCGAGAGUUGCUGUCUGUGUUCGUUGAGAGGUGGAGCAUUGCACAGAGCCAAUAAUGGCAAAUGGGUUCAUGUCCUGUGUGCGGUGGCAGUGCAGGAGGCUCGCUUUGUGAACAUCGCUGAACGAUCACCCGUGGAUCUCAGCGGCAUUCCCUUACAGAGAUUCAAGCUGAAAUGCUACUACUGCAAACGGCGAAUGAAGAAAACGUUGGGGUGUUGUGUGCAGUGUUCUCACGGUCGGUGUCCCACCUCAUAUCACCCGACCUGCGCACAGGCCGCCGGCGUCAUCAUGCACCCAGACGAUUGGCCCUUCGUCGUCUAUGUCACCUGUUGCCGCCACAAAGGGCCUGUACAAUCAGAGCGUAAUAAAGCAGCCAUGAGAGAGCUGGGCGUGGGUCAGAAGGUCAUAUGCAAACACAAAAAUGGACGCUACUACCAGUGUGAAGUCAUACAGCUGACAAAAGCCACAUUUUAUGAGGUCAACUUUGACGAUGGCUCCUUCAGUGAUAACCUUUUCCCAGAAGACAUUGUGAACCGAGACUGUGCUCAGCUGGGUCCGCCGCCGCAGGGGGAAGUGGUUCAGGUCAGAUGGACGGACGGUCUUGUCUAUGGAGCUAAGUUCGUGGCAUCUCGUGUCAUUCAGAUGUACCAGGUGGAGUUUGAGGAUGGAUCGCAGCUGACUGCUAAGAGAGAUGACGUCUACACACUAGACGAGGAGCUGCCCAAGAGAGUCAAAUCUCGUCUGUCGAAGGCAUCGGACAUGCGUUUUGAUGGCAUGUUUGGAGAGAAGAAGGUUCAGGAGAGCAAGAGACAGAGAGUGAUCAACUCCAGGUACAGAGGCGACUACAUCGAACCCGUCAUCUACCGAGCCAUCAUGGAGUAGCCCUCGAUGACCCAGCCUUCACCCGAAACCACCAGCGCUCAUCCAGCGUCUCCAGCACACCCUGCCAAUGUCAGUAGUGUUCAGUUCACAGGGGUCGGACGCCUGGAUGGGUUUGACCACUCCUCAGUCGACCAUCUAUUCUGAUAUAUGGGUCUGGAGUCGAGGCAGGGUGUUUCACAGUGUCUUUAUCAGAGAAUGCAGCUUUGUCAUUGGAUGUGACACCCUUUUAACCUCAGCGCUGUGAAACUGUGCCACAAACACUCUAGAAACACAUCAGCAUGAACAGCAGGUUCAUGGAGUCACUCCAAAUUACUUUCGUUUGAUACAGCAUAUUUGUAAUCUCCAUUUCAUAAAAUCUACUUUUAUCAAAUUGCAUUAAUUUAUUUGACUUAAUUGAGGGUGCUGUUUUUACCCGUAUUUUACAGAACGGAGGUGCCAUUGCCAUUUUAUGCAUGCAGAUCUCCUUUUUUAAGAUCUACACUGUCAUAAAUUGUGCAGUUGAGAUCCUGAAUAUUGUACAUUAUUUGGAACAUAAUGAAUUCAGUGUGUCUUAGAGUCAUUUUUUUUACAAGCCUAUUUAUUACUGGUGCUUUACAAAAGUCGAUUUUGCAGUAUGAGUUCCAGUGCUGUUGAAGUCUGACACGGAUAGGUGUGUUCUGGUUUUGUAAAGAGGACUGCGUAGAUACUGAAAUGCCAAGGAUCUUUCACAUAUUGCAUGUUUCACAGCUGUUCAAGCCCUGCCUUGUACUCUGGUUCAAUACACUUUCAUUCAGACGUUUCUAUUAAUGUAGCUUCUUACUGCUGUCCACAUUUUAUCAGAAGCCCCUACGGUUUUAAUAAGCUAUUUUUGCACUUCUCAGCUGUACUUUUAUGAACUGUCAUCUUUGUCCUUGCAGUAGCCAAGCUCUAGAGACCGAAAUGCAUUCAUGAAAGCUGAGGAGGAUGUUGUUAGGACUGUCUAGCUGACAGGAUUUGCAGAAAGGAAGGUUGCUGUAGUCCUUCAGUUGUUCGAAAGAUAGAUAGAUAGGGCUAAUCUUCACUAUAAAAAAAGAAAAAUAUAAAAGAUUUUUUUCUAUCAAGAAGCCUAUUUUAUUGCUUUGUUUUAUAAUACAUGUUUAAUGUUCAUAUACUGUGAGAUAGAGUUGUAUGUAGUUAAUUUAAGAAAUCUUGAGCUUUCGGCACGUUUCUUCUGCCUCUCGUGUUGCUUUCAAACAUGAGCCUCGUUCUCACUGCACUUCUGAAUGCAGAGGCUCUAGGACUUCCAUACAUGUAUUUUGUAAAAAUCAUUAAUGUGCAUCAGUAAAAGAUGUGAGCUGA